AUGUUGGUUAAAAUUUGUGGAAUAUCAGAUAUUGAAUCUGCAAAAUGUGCAAUAGAUAACGGAGCAAACUUAAUUGGAUGUAUACUAGUCCCAAACAGAUCAAGAACAAUCAACCAUGAAAUAGCUAAAGAAAUUUCAAAACUUGUAAAAUCAAAACGAACAAAACAAUUGAAAAUUCCAAAUACAACUAACGUAAACGAGUAUUUCGAAGAACUUGCAGCUGAGAUAAGUCGAACUGGUCCUUAUUUAGUAGGAGUGUUUAGAAAUCAACCCAGAGAUGACGUUAUUAGGAUAGCUACGGAGUUAGAAUUAGAUUUUAUUCAAUUACAUGGCAAUGAAGAUAAAUUGGAAUAUUUGGGAUAUGGAUUUGGAGUUAUACCGAGAUAUAUAAUCCCCAAGGAGCAUGAGUUGUUAAAAGAACAUGCAGAUAUCUUAGUUGGUCAAUUAUCUUUACCUUUACUUGAUUCUGAUUUGGGUGGAGAAGGAAAGACUAUUGAUUGGGAUUAUAUUAAUGAGAAGUUGGAUGUUGGAAGUAUUUUAGCAGGUGGAUUGACUAGUGAAAAUUUACCUAAGUUGAAUAAUAUUAUUGGAUUUGAUGUUUCUGGUGGUGUUGAAACUAAUGGUAAGAAAGAUUUAAAUAAAAUUGAAAAAUUUAUAAAGAAAGGUAGAAGUAUACAAUAA